AUAUGCAGCACUCUUGUGUCAGCAACAGCAGCGACUGAUCAAUUAUCAAAACAGAGAGUUGGAAAAGAGCGAAAAGGAUAUUUUUUUAAUCAUUCUGCAUACUGUGCGGGUUUUCAUUUUAUUAUAUAGUGGAUUGUCUCGGCAAUUUUGAAAUAUAGUUGGGGUGUGUGUUUUGCAUAGUUUUAAAUACAUUGAAAUUAGUGCUGCUCAAAUAUGGUUGACAAAUUAGUUAACAGCGAAGCCAAUGCUCGCCGAAUACAGAUGGUGGAAAACUGUUUCGGAACAUCUGGCCAACCAUUGUUUCUUCCCGGGCGGGUCCUGGUAGGUGAAGGUGUUCUUACAAAGAUGUGUCGUAAACGACCAAAAGCUCGUCAAUUUUUCCUAUUUAAUGAUAUUUUGGUGUAUGGCAAUAUUGUUAUUGGCAAGAAGAAGUACAACAAACAACACUUAAUACCGCUCGAAGAAGUCCAACUGCAAGCACUGGAAGAUAAUGGUCAGUACCGGAAUGGAUGGCUGAUACGUACAGCGACUAAGUCGUUUGCUGUGUAUGCUGCGACACAAACAGAGAAGCAGGAAUGGAUGGCACACAUCAACAAGUGCAUAGAAGAUUUAUUGCGCAAGAGCGGCAAGAAACCAGUUGAAACACAUGCUGCUGUAUGGGUUCCGGAUAGUGAAGCUACCAUCUGCAUGCAUUGUAAAAAGACUCAUUUUACCAUGAUUAACAGACGGCAUCAUUGUCGAAAUUGUGGAGCAGUAGUCUGUGGUCCUUGUUCGUCGAAAAAAUUUAUUCUACCAGGCCAGAGCAAUAAACCUCUGCGAGUAUGUCUGGAUUGCUAUGACAAUCUCACAUCAAUGAAGCGUGACGGAAACAAAGCACUUGCCGGCAACAACAACAAACCAGCUAACUCUACUGAAAGCUCCGGUGAAGAUGAUUCAGGAGAUGAUGACGAAACUCUUAAGGAUAACGUGACCCACGACGAGCCCAAAUUUUACGCUGAUGGUAAACUUGAAAAAUAGAACUGUGAGUGCUUUAAUGUUCAUAGAUAAUACCAGCAGUUGUUAUAAUAAAGUAAUUAUCUCGGGAGAAUGUAUGUUUGGUAUGAGCAACGUUUUUCAUUUUUAUUGUAUACUCUUACACUCGUUUCCAGCUACAGUAGAAUCGCACUCCGUUUGCAUCGUAUCGCAGCUCCAUUUUAUUGGAAUAAAUGUCAUUUGAUUUUUGACAGCAAUAUUCUGUUUACAUUGCAAAAGCAAAGCUAGUUUUUACUAAUUAAAACGUUUUUUAAACUUCGUUUUAUUACGUAUAUUCCUUUAAUGUGCAAUAAAUUUAACAAAACAUAGCUCAAAAACACUUCGGAAUAUCGAAUACUUUUUAAAUUUGUUAGUUUUCUCAAAAGCGUCUAACUGUCAACAAUUCGAUGGUAGCGGCGCGCUUAAACGGAAAAAGAUUUGAACGUAACUGGAAACGUGUAUCUUCAUUUGAAUGAUGGAUAAAUUGAUUAGGGACAUAUAAUGCGUACGACUUCACUAAAAUGUAGUGAAUAUUCAUUUACGAUCAACUCUUAGCAAUAAUUGAACAUAAGAAUCAAUAGACUUUUGAUUUUUUUCAGUGAUGAGCAGAAAAAAAUAUAUAUGAUAAACACAUUUAUUUUUGUCAAUAAGAUAUAUGCUGCUUUGGAAACAUUAAAUAUACUCGUUUUGUCAUUAAA